AUGAGCCUCAGCCCUAUACCUGUGCAUUUGAGCUGCUUUGGUGUUAGCUCAGAUGCGAUGAACAUGGUUCGCGGCUAUUCUAAGCCCAGCUACUCCGACCGCUUAGCAUCAGUGCGGAACUCCCUUGCGGUAGCCUGCCCUGAGACAAGUUCGGCAGCAACAAGCAGUAGUGCAUUGGGGACGUCAACAAAUGGGAACCGAGCAGCGGCCCACCCGUCGUCUUGCCGACAGGCCGCAGCGGACAACCCGCGCCUCACCCCCUCAUUCUCCUCCCGUUUCUUCCAUCGCGCUUCACUCGCCACUACCUGCGCGCAGCUGUACACAUUCGGUUUGAACCAUAUUAUAUUCCCAGCUCCGAAUCUUCAGUAUUUCUCAAGUGAAAACUCCAUCCUCAUCCCCCAAUCGCAGGGGCCCCAAGUCAAGCUGCAGCCGGUCCAGCCUGAUACGGCGCAGCAGGUCCUCGGCAACGGCCCCGCCGCAACGGCUUCCGGCCGCGCCACCGCGUCCGACUCCCCCUCCAUGCCUAACUCUCUAAUCUAUCGCGCCACCACCAAGCACGUCAAAACUGUGGUGCCGGCGCUACAGUGCCUGGACUUCAUUAGCACUGCUGUUAACAGUGUCGGCGGCGGCGGCGUGCCGCGGCCGUAUGGCAAGUUUCAGGCCUGUCGUUCCGGCGACGGCAACGCCACCUGGGAGCGGCUGCCGCCGCCGCCAGGCAGCUGGCAGGCCCGAGCCCUCCCUAUUGCAGUCACACUUCUGGCCGAAAGUCCGCCAAGCUCAGCUGGGGGAGCCAGAUCCAGCUCGCCCCAGCCAGCAUCGUCGUCGUCGCGGCUGGCGCCUGGCACCGCUCCAGCGGCGGCGGCGGCGGCGGCCGGGGAUGACGGUACAGGGCGCGGCGCCGGUCGGGAGUUAACUCGGGUCAGAAUGCCCCUCACCCCGCCCGCUGAGGGCCCCAGCGGCUACAGCUCACCUCACAGCCACGGCCAUGGCUACAGCCGCGGCCGCAGCCGCUCGCAUCCCAGCCCUGGAGGUACGGCACCGUACGACUUACGUGGCCAUGCACGAACCGAGGCCUCGAAACCCGCAUCCGUCACGGGAACUAGCAGCGGCAGCGCUGGACUUGGGCCACGGAUGUACGAGCAGUCGUACUACCGGCGGCCGGGGAGCAGCCAGCACCGUUCCUUGGUACCGCUGCCGCCUCCGGAACCACACAAUUUGUCGGCCUGGUUUGCUUUGCCGGCGGCCACGUUCCUGGCGGACGUGCCGGAUGUGCCGGAGCAGCUGCGAAUGGACAACGGAUAUAGUGUCAGUCGGGAGUUCCUCAUGUCCGGUCUCAACCCGCCCCGCCGUCUGCCGCCGCCCUCACCGCCGCUGUCGCCCAUCCACUUCCUCGGCAGCAGCAGCAGCCGCCCGGAACACCCCGGCGCUCCGAACCCCGCCUCCAACAACACCCACCUCUUCAGGCAACAACAACAGCAACAACAGGCACACGGUGGGGGCGGGGCGCACGCCGCACUGGCGCCCCAGCCUCGGGCCGAGGAUUCCCUAGCUUUGUGGAACGUCCUAGAAGCCAGUGCAGCGGCGGCCGUAGCGGCGCAGAACAGCAGCAGUAGCAGCAGCAAUGCACACGGGGGCAGUCCUGGCAAGCUGCGUGGGGUGUACGUCCCGCUGGAGAAGCGAAUGCAGGAGCCUUUGACGCCGGGGGAGCCACUGACGCCGUCACUAGGGCCGGGUGGCAGUGGAGGCGGUGCAGUUGUUUUCCUUCCCUCAGACACCACAGGCCUGCUUGGCCUUGUCCACCGUGAUAACUCCCUGCAAAUAGUCAUUGACUUGCUGCUUGUAGCUCGGCUCAUCCAGGCACUCGUAGUAUUUCGCGAAACCAGCAAGCUACGUCAAAGACGGGCAAGUGCCGUACUACACAGUGCCGUACUCCGUACUACGCAGUGCCGUACCACGCAGUGCUACCUUGCGCCUACCUUCCGACAGCAUUCAUCAGUUAUCUUGUUUUCUUUGGCGCACUUGAUGAAUGCCUGGAUGUUGGGGUCAUUGGGCAGGACCUUCUUUCCCUCCUCGCACAAGGCGGAGUUGACGGCUGCAAGUUGA